AUGCCGGCCGGGCUCUCCUGGCCCGAGGCGGCGGCGCUGGCGCUGCUGGUCCUGGCUAUGCUGGUCACCCUAUGCCGGCACCUGUGGGCGCUGCGCUGGAGCCUCAGCCGGGACCGGGCCAGCGCCCUGCCCCUGCCCAAAGGCUCCAUGGGCUGGCCCUUUUUUGGGGAGACUCUGCACUGGCUGCUCCAGGGCUCCCGCUUCCAUAGCUCACGGCGGGAGAGAUACGGAAACGUCUUCAAGACCCACCUCCUGGGCCGGCCCGUGGUGCGGGUGACGGGCGCUGAGAACAUCCGCAAGAUCCUUCUGGGCGAGCACACGCUGGUCAGCACGCAGUGGCCCCAGAGCACCCAUAUCAUCCUGGGCUCCCACACCCUGCUCAGCUCCACCGGUGACCUGCACCGCCAACGCCGCAAGAUCCUGGCCAGAGUCUUCAGCCGUGCUGCCCUGGAGAGCUACCUUCCACGGAUCCAGAAGGUUGUGAGCUGGGAGCUGCGGGGCUGGUGCAUGGAGCCGGGCUCCAUCGCAGUUUAUUCCUCCGCUAAAACCUUAACUUUCCGCAUUGCAGCUCGGAUUCUGCUGGGGCUCCGCCUGGAGGAAAAGCAGUUCAAGGAUCUGGCCAAAACUUUUGAACAGCUGGUGGAGAACCUCUUCUCCCUGCCCCUCAACAUACCCUUCAGCGGGUUGCGCAAGGGAAUAAAAGCACGGGACACGCUCCAUGAGUUUAUGGAGAAGGCUAUACAGGAAAAACUGCAGAGAAGCAACCCAGAAGAUCACAGUGAUGCUCUGGAUUUCAUAAUGAACAGCGCCAAGGAGCACGGCAAUGAAUUCACCGUGCAGGAGCUAAAGGAGUCAGCAAUUGAGCUCAUAUUUGCUGCUUUUUUCACCACGGCUAGUGCCAGCACCUCUCUGAUCCUCCUGCUACUGAAGCACCCCUCAGUGAUUGAAAAAAUAAGGCAGGAGCUGAUGUCCCAUGAACUGUACCAGCAGUGUGAGUGCCACCCUGCAAGACCCUCCCCGGACACCCUGACCAUGCAGAGCAGGGACAGAGAGAAACCACGUUUCCACUCCGUGGCCAAAGAUGUUCACGAGGAUCAGAGCCAGCCCCCGGCCCCAGUGGAGGAAGGUUCCCUCCAGUCUGGUGCCCCGCUGGAGCCCAUCCUCCCCGAGAGCAGCCUCUGCACUGGCUCCCAGCUCCAGGCACCAUCAAGGCAGAGCUGUCACUGCUCCUCGGACAUCAGUCUGGAGAAGCUGAGCCGCCUGCGCUACCUGGACUGUGUGAUUAAGGAGGUGCUGCGGGUGCUGCCCCCAGUCUCUGGAGGCUACAGGACGGCACUGCAGACUUUUGAGCUCGAUGGCUACCAGAUCCCCAAAGGCUGGAGUGUCAUGUACAGCAUCCGUGACACACAUGAGACAGCUGCUGUCUACCAGAGCCCCCCCAGCAGCUUUGACCCAGACCGCUUCGGUGCCGCCCGGACGGAGGCUGCAGGCCGGUUCCACUACAUCCCCUUCGGUGGUGGGGCACGGAGCUGCAUCGGGAAGGAGCUGGCACAGGCCAUCCUCAAGCUGCUGGCCAUUGAGCUGGUCAGCACAGCCCGCUGGGAGCUGGCCACCCCUGGCUACCCCGCCAUGCAGACCGUGCCCAUCGUGCACCCCGUCGAUGAUGGGCUGCAGCUCUAUUUCCACCCCUUGUAGCCUGGCCAUGGCUGUGGGGCCUGAGCGAGGGGUACACUGCUCCCCUCAGCCCUGGAGCUGAUGCCCCUCCACAGCUGCUGAGUGCAGGUGUUCACUGCCUCAGGCUGGGUAUGGCACUGGGUCACUGCAGAGCAAAACCUAAAGGUCUGUUUCUCCCCUCCUAGCGUACAGGCUGCUAGGGAGGGUCCUGCAGAGUCACACUCCUGAGCACUAGGGUGAACCUCAACCCCAGCCUGGGGGCAAAACCCACUGAAGUUGCUGGCAGGGAUCAUACACCAUGGGGGCUCAGAGAGCCCCCACCCCAUACAGGUCUCCAGCUACCAGGGAUGUGGAGCAAAACUCCCAGGCCCACAACUAUGGCUCCCAGAGCAUUUCUGUCACCGGGUUGUCUCCUGCGUGUGUGUUAUAGGAGAGGCAGGAUGAACAUCCUGAACACUGUAGCUUUUUAGAUGUAAAAAGAAGGAAGAUGGGGGGCUCUGCAGGAAAACACUAGCCAGAGCUGCCCAAUUCAUGGCAUCAGCUCUAGCUAGAAUAAUAGGGUGUAAAGUGGUUUUUAUUGUAAAUAUUUAAUCUCAUUCCUGCACUUCCGAUUAGAGCUGGCACAAAGAGGAUAUCUCUCAUUCACCCAGUAGUAGUAGCUGCAUAUGUUGUGUUGAGCACUGUGCUGCUGCUUGGGGUCUGCCAUGAAGCCCCACUCUGGGGUCUCCACAGGA